AUGCAAGGUCAAAGGAGUAUCUUUGACCCUUUCCCAGAAGCUGUUGACCUUAACCAAGGGUCCAAUUCCAGCAAUAAUGCUAGUAUGGAUGAAUCAGAUGACUGGAACAACAUGUUAUCUCCAAUGGAAAGACGAUUAUUAAACAAUGAUCUUUCCAGUGAGCUUAAUUUCAGUUAUGUGAAUAAUACAAAUCUUCAUCAUAACUUUAGAAGUUUUAGCAACUGGGAUGUUGGAGAAUCAAGCUCUAGAGCAACUUUACAAGAUCAUGUUUCUAACAAUGAAACAAGAUCACAAGAACAUCAACAUCAUCGUGGUCAUGUUGAUUCAUCAUCAUCAUCAUCAUCAUCAUCAUUAGCAUCCAAUCAUAUUCCAAUGAACGUAAAUUUAAGCAUAGGGUAUGGAGGUUCCAACACUGAUGAUGAUGGUAUGGGAUUUAUGGAUGUUUACAAGUCUGGUAAAAGAAAAGCCCUAGAAGGUACUACAUCCGGGCAGCCCGGGCAGUCCGGGCAGCCUUCAAGUUUGAAUAUAUCUUCAACUCAAGUCAACCCCUUGGUUAUGAAUAUGAACCGAAAUGAAUCCCCAAACACAAGAAUUUCAAGUGUUGAAGAAAGCCCACAAACACAUUUUGGCAUGCGGGGGUCUGUACCUUAUAAUUUAUCUUCCGGAAACGCCCCUAGGUGUCCAAACAGACAAAUCUUGAUUAAUGAGUUUUUGGAUCAAACAUCCAGAAACAAUCUUUCAAAUCAGCAACCCCCUUUAAUGCUUCCAAGAAACAACACAAGUCAUUUUCCUUUUGGUAUUAAUAUAGGAUCAAGAAAUGGGAGUUUGGGAAAUUACCCUUUGGAAAGAGGGACAGAAUUAAACUUCAGAAGUUUGAUAAGAAACAAUAAUGUCCAGUAUCAUAAUUUUGUUCCAUCUUCUGAGAAUAGGAAUAUUGUUCAAGAUCCUACUAAUUGGAGCUUAGCUACAGGAAGUGGGAGUGGGGCCCCAUCCAGCUCCAGAAACACCACUGUUUGGACACAGCAUAAUAACCCCACAAUGCAAAGUCAACAAAGAUUGUCUGACUUUUCUCCAUGGACUCUUUUUCCAUCUGGUGAGUCUCAGUCUGGAGGGCAAAGAGGUCAUUUUGCUACAUUUCCUGCAGGGUCUUCUUCUUCUUCUUCUUCUUCUACAUCAGAGGAUGCUCAUGCUCAUAUCUCAUCUGGAGCUCCUAGUCAAAGACAUCAUCAUGGUCAACCUUUUUCUAGGUCUCCAAUGGAGGUAUCUGGUGAUGAUUGGCGUGCUUUAGCUGCUGAUAUUGAAGGAAGACAAAGACUGGUAUCUGAGAUAAGGCAAGUGUUACAUGCAAUGCGAAGGGGAGAAAAUUUACGUGCUGAGGAUUACAUGCUCUUUGAUCCAUUUAUCAAUGGGGUAGCCGAGUUGCAUGAUAGGCAUCGUGAUAUGAGGCUAGAUGUUGAUAAUAUGUCUUAUGAGGAACUGUUGGCAUUGGAAGAACGCAUAGGAAAUGUGAACACAGGGCUAAGAGAGGAAGUUAUUUUAAAGUCAAUGAAACAAAGAAAACACAUUGCUUUUAUGCCAAUUUCUAAUCAAAAUUUAGAGCCAUGUUGCAUAUGUCAGGAAGAGUACGACACCGGGGACAAUAUCGGAAAUUUGGAUUGUGGACAUGAUUUCCACACAGAUUGCAUCAAACAAUGGCUGUCUCAGAAAAAUAUUUGCCCAAUUUGCAAGAUGACUGGUCUAGCUCCUUGAAAGUGGGCCCCACCCCAAAUCUUGAGUGGCAUUAAAGAAGAAGAAAAACAAAAACAAAACUUCUAAUUUCUAAAUCCAUCAAAAAAGAUGUUACAUUUGAUUUUUCAUCCAUCAUGGUUUGGCUGUUAGACAUUGUGUUGUAGCCUUCUUUUUUGUUGCUUUCAAAAAGGAGGCAAAAAAGGCUCAUAAACAGAUUUGGUGUGUCCAUUGAAGAUUCAAAAGUAUUUAUGGAAAAUUACCCUUUGGUCCUUGGAUGUUUAUCAAGUAUUUCCAUUUACAAUUUUAUAUAAUUUCAUCACAAUACAACUAUAUUUGAAUUGUUUUAGUUAGUUUGGUGGAUAGUAGUCGUGGGUAAACUAGUCA